AUGUCACAACAGCUGAGUGAUGCCUUACACCAGCACCUCUGGAGUGAUUGGACGGUACCGUUUUUUGAUGCAGUUUUGCCCGCGGCUUUUCAUCAGUUGAGGAAGGAAAACAAAAGCUUAAUGUUUUUUGUUGAAGAAAGUGAAGAUAACGAUACUGCUAAAACAGACAGGAAUGCUCUGAUUCAGAAGUUUGUUGUCUGCAUCUCUCAAGAUCCGUCGGUCACGCUUCUUGAUGACGCAACUCGAGACGUAUUUAAUUACAUGCGAAAUCAAAGCCAAAUUAUGGUGGCCAAGGCCACGUUGGAUCCAUGGCUUGCGAAAAUUGUGGACUCAGAAGUAUUUGUACAGUAUUUUCGAAGUUACCUGCAGUUGAUUUGCUCCACAAAGGAUAGAGAUUACCUGCGCAAUCCGAAGAACCGACCAGUGGCUAACUUGAUUAAGCUACACAUGUUGGUGUGGAAUGUUUCCGACAGACUUCAGAGUUUCGCAUUCAAGCUUGUUUCAGCGGAUGUACAUUUUCACUUGAUUCAGCUUUUACGCAAACCGCAACUUCAUCCCUCAGUUUGCCAUAUUGAACAGAAUGCGCGAUUACUCGUUCACUCAUGUAUUGGUAUUUUACACAAUAUAAUCAACCACAUACCACAAACUCGAGGUGCUUAUCGCAAUUCGGAUGCUGUACGAGCGUUGACGGCCUUCGUAACCGGUGGUGACCUCAAUAUUCUUCGAUUUUCGAAUAACAGCGGGUCGCCUCCGGACAACACGUCGUCAAUACACUACCUAUCACUUCGAAUAUCGGCUCUCCUCUUGCUUGCUUUUUUAGUGGACGAGAGUGAAAAUGACACAUUGCAUGCCACCGAAAUCCACAUGGUCUACCUCAUCGCGGCAUUAGAGGACGCUUUGUACUUUCCGCCCACUUACUAUUCAAGGACCUACGGAUAUCGUGCAACUGAACUUUUGCAAGGUUUGCAACAUUUGGCCGGACCUGAUCGCAACAAGCGUCUACUAAUUAGGAACAAUGCUUUGAAAGUAAUUGAAACCUCCCUCAAUGAAGCAGUAAAAAUGAAAUAUCCUCAUACGCCGAUGGAUUUUACACACGAGGUUGUGGAGAGUGCUGUUAGCCCGGACGCACUGGCUGUAGCCACGCUGGAAUUCUUGUGGGCCCUAACUUUCGUUGCAGAAAGUCACCAAAGUCUUGCGCCGGGUUCUGACUUUCGACGUCUGUUUGAACGGUUUGCAACGGAGCGCGGAUGGUCGAACGAUUGUCAACUCGUAGCCAAAGGGAUUCUUUGGACUCUUGGAACAUCCAGCGGUGGUCUUGCAAGUCAACAACCGCAGACCAUCGAGGAAAUGAUGGCUGAAGAUCGUCGUCAUCAUAGAUUGAUAGGUCACAUAAUGAUUAGUUAUCAGCAUAGUACCAAACCAAUUAUGCUUAAGGUUCGCGAUGAGCUAAAGAAGCGGGGCUAUGACGUAUGGAUGGAUGUCGACUACAUGCGUGGAUCCUUUGUUGACGCCAUGGCUGACGCAAUAGAGAAUGCGGCAGCUCUAGUACUCGGUGUGUCACAAUCUUUCAAGAAUUCUCCUCAUUGUCGGCAGGAGGUUCGUUAUGCUUACAAGCUGGGUGUUCCCCUCUAUCCAUUGCAAUUGGAACCGGAUUUUACUGCAGACGGUUGGCUGGGGCUAGUCUUGGCAACAAUUAUCUAUAUACCGCUGACAGAAGAUUCCAUGAUUGAAAGCGCUGUGGAACAGUUGGCCACGCAACUUGGUGAUAUCGGUCGUUGCUCGCCAUCAUAUCCGGAUGCUGUAGAUAUACCGGAAUUCCUGCGGUUUGGUUCACUGAUGACUUCGUUCUCUAGCUUUUCUGAUCAGUAUCCGUUGUAUACAAGAGAAAAUCGUCGACCUUCUGUUGCAGCUGAAAGUGCUCAAGCCAGUCUCCUACGAGAUAAUAACGAAUCACAAAAAUGUCUUAAUGCUUCACCGUCUUCCGGUGAUGCAAGUUCGAAAGCUGAACUGCAACCGGUUACUCAAAUGAAUGCUGAUGAACUUGUAGCUGCCUCACCAACUCUACUUCUUCCGAAUGCGUCCAAUCUCCGGCAAGUCUACGGUAGCCUGGCCACGUGGACAACCCAGGAUGUGUCUAAAUGGCUUGCCAGACACGGACUGUCUGCCUACGAAAAGGCUCUGUCCGACUUGGAUGGCCCAUUACUGGCGGAGCUUGCCAGACUCCGUUUAGCUGCACCGGAAAGUCUCUCUUUCAGUCUGCGCCGUGACCUGAAUAUGGGUUUCAUGGAUCAGCUCCGGUUGCACCGAGCUCUGGCCUUACUUGCAUUUGAAAGUCACCCGGGGUUGUAA